CAUGUUCUCCCCACGUAUUCUAUUUGAGUCUAUAUAAACUCAUGAAGUUGCAAAAUAGAGACAAAAAUUUCUUUACAACUGAGUCAAGAUAUUUCAUCAACAAAUUAAUUAGAGAAUCAUUAUUUUUGACUAUUUGUGAUAUACAAUAGGCAAUUUAAAUAAAAAGAAGAAGAAGAAGAAAAGUUGGAGAAUCAUUCUGACGCAUCUUUUUUGCUGCAUGUAAAAGAGGAAGAAAGAGAUACAAUGGAAUUUCCAAAUCUCGGUGAACAUUGUACGGAGCAAACUUGCAAUCGUCUCGAUUUUCUGCCAUUGCGAUGUGAUGCGUGUAAAUCAAUUUUUUGCACCGAUCACAUAACAUAUCAGCAACAUUCCUGCGCUAGUGCAUACAAAAAGAAUGUACAAAUUCCCGUUUGUCCACUAUGCAAUGUGCCAAUACCAUCGAAACGUGGUGAUCCACCGGACAUUGCCGUUGGACAACAUAUGGACAACGAUUGUCAAAUACAAAAAGAUCGUCGAAAAGUAUUCAUCAAUAAAUGUUCUCAAAAGGGUUGUAAAAUUAAAGAAAUUGUCCCCGUUAAGUGCACUGAAUGUACACAAAAUUAUUGCCUUAAACAUCGACAUCCCAGUGAUCAUACAUGUCCCGGUAAAGAGGCAUCAAUUCGUGCGAAAAGAUUAAAUGCAAUUAAUUCACAAAAUCAAAAUAAAAAAACGACGCAACCUGCAAAUAGUUUGUGGAAUUUAAAAAAUGUUCAAGGACAAUUGAGUGAAGAUGAGGCACUCGCGAGAGCACUUCAGGCGUCUUUGCAGGACGAGGAACGGACCCGAAGGCAGGAAUUGCAACCAGUGCCUUCCAGCAGUAGAGACAGGUGUAGACUUUCUUAAAAAAGAAAAAAAAAACCUUUAAUUUUAAAUAAUUUUCAUUUUAAACGCACAAGAUAGAGGAAAAAAAUAUAUAUAGAGAGAGAGUCAAUCCAUUAUAUUUCGACUAAAGUCGUUGUUGACUAUUAAAAAUUAUAAUACUUUGCAGAAAUAAUUUUUGAAGUUGUCAAGAUCACGAAAUGAAAAGAAUUUUAUUAAAAAUUUUGAUUAUUUAAUAUUUUACAAUAAAUAAUUAAAUUUUUGUCACAGAUCUGGAGAACUUGGAAUUGUCAUGGAAAUUUUUUUUAAUUCAUGGAAAACCAGAAAAUGUCAGGGAAUUUUAUGAAAUAUCUUUCUGAAAAUUUAAUUUCCUGUAUUUGAAUCGAGAAAAUUUCAAGUCAGGGAAAGUCAAAGAAUUUAAGGGGAGGGACCGCUGAAAUUUCAACUUUUCAAAAUUGAGACUGUUUCAGGUUGUCAAUUUUUUUUCCAGUUAAUAUUGAGUAUUUAAAACUGUAAUAUACUAUGGGAAAUUAAUAAACAAUUAAUUUAUUAAUAAUUUUUAAAAUAAAACUCGAAAUUUUCAAAAACUAAAAUUUAAACUUCUAUCACAAUUUUUAUUAUUUUUCAUUGCUGAUUUUUUUAUACACUUUUUUCAAGAUUCUGAACAAUCAAUUGUAUGGAUUUUGAAAAAAUUCAAUGUUUUAAAAAAUGAAAUUUUUGAAAAAUAAAAAAAAAUGCAAAAAUUUGUUAAAAAUAACUUUUUUUUUCAUUUUUCAUAGUAAAAUAUGAGUUCAGGUUUUAAAAAAAUUUGUAAAAAAAAAUUGUUACCCCUAAAACAAACCAAUUAUGUUUUGUUUCAAUUUGAUCAAUUAUUCCUUAAAAAUUCAACUUCUUCGACAAUUUUUAUUAUUUUUUGUAGGCUAUAAAAUUUUGAAAAUCGUCAAAAAAUUUUUUUUUUUAAUUGUGAUAAUUCACAAUAAUUUUA